UUUACUAGUGGGGGCGUUAUGUUGCUUUUUGUUCCGGAAUAGACGAUCCGGGGGCAGGGGCUUUUUAGCCUUUCUUUCUCCCCUAUAGCUUCCCCGCCUAUGGACCAUAAAAGCUACUGCUGCUGCCGAGCUAGGCAGUUACUGUCUCAGCUCUAGGAUGUGUGUCCACUAGAAGCUCUUCUGUGGGACCAAGGCAAUUAAAAACCAGUGGAAUGGAGAGCAAGUGUCGUCAUUCUGUGUUAUGCUCCUUGUCAGCAAUGUAUACAUUCCUACUAGGGGCCAUAUUCAUUACUUUAAGCUCCAGUCGAAUACUACUGGUAAAAUACUCAGCCAAUGAAGAGAACAAAUAUGAUUAUCUUCCAACUACUGUGAAUGUGUGCUCAGAACUGGUGAAGCUAGUUUUCUGUGUAAUUGUGACAUUCUGGAUUAUAAAGAAAGAUCAUCAAAGUAGAAACUUGAGAUGUGCUUCCUGGAAGGAAUUCUCUAAUUUCAUAAAGUGGUCCAUUCCUGCCUUUCUUUAUUUCCUGGAUAAUUUGAUAGUCUUCUACGUCCUUUCCUAUCUGCAGCCUGCCAUGGCUGUUAUCUUCUCAAAUUUUAGCAUUAUAACAACAGCUCUUCUAUUCAGGAUAGUGCUGAAGAGACAUCUAAACUGGAUACAGUGGGCUUCCCUCCUGAUUCUGUUUCUGUCUAUUGUGGCCCUCACUGGAGGGACUGGAACCUCACAGCAUAACCUGGCAAGACAUGGAUUUCAUCAUGAUGCCUUCUUCAGCCCAUCCAAUUCCUGCCGCCUUUUCAGAAAUGAGUGUCCCAGAAGAGACAAUUGCACAUUAAAGGAGUGGGGUUUUUCUGAAGCCAAGUGGAAUACAACAGCCAGUGUUUUCAGUCACAUCCGUCUUGGUUUGGGCCAUAUUCUUAUUAUAGUCCAGUGUUUUAUUUCUUCAAUGGCCAAUAUCUAUAAUGAAAAGAUAUUGAAGGAAGGUAACCAGCUCACUGACAACAUCUUCAUACAGAACAGCAAACUCUAUUUCUUUGGCAUUCUUUUUAAUGGACUGACCCUGGGCCUUCAGAGCAGUAACCGUGAUCAGAUUAAGAACUGUGGGUUUUUUUAUGGCCACAAUGCAUUUUCAGUUGCCCUUAUUUUUGUAACUGCGUUCCAGGGCCUCUCUGUUGCUUUUAUUCUGAAGUUUCUGGAUAAUAUGUUCCAUGUCAUGAUGGCCCAGGUCACCACUGUCAUUAUCACAACAGUGUCUGUCCUGGUCUUUGACUUCAGACCCUCCAUGGAGUUUUUUCUAGAAGCCCCAUCAGUUCUUCUUUCCAUAUUUAUUUAUAAUGCCAGCAAGCCUCAAGACCUGGAAUAUGCUCCUAGGCAAGAAAGGAUCCGAGGUCUAAGUGGCAGUCUCUGGGAGCGAUCCAGUGGGGAUGGAGAAGAACUGGAAAGACUGACCAAACCAAAGAGCGAUAUUGAGUCAGACGAAGAUACUUUCUAAUUGGUACCACAAUAGCUGGCAGCUCUUGCAAAACUUUUCACAUUUUCAGCAUGUGUGAUACUUGUCUUUUCAUUUUGAUAAACCAAGAACAUUUCUGAAGCAUAAUGCUUUUGGCAUAUAUCUAACUACUCUCUAAAUAGUUCCAUCCAAAGCUUAGAGUACCCAAAGGCUAGAAAGUCCUAAGGAACUGAUGUUAAGACUAAUAGUCUGGAGUCUGCAAGGAUGCAUUAAUGGCCCGGUACUUGAUAAGUCAAAAUGAUAUCUUCAUAAAUUAUUUUCUUUGUCCUCCAAGAUUCCUAAAACCUUGUAGUAAUCAUGUUAGGUUACAUAUAUAAAUAUAUAAAUAGAGAUCAGUUUGCCAGAUACUCAUAAUUAUGUAGUUCUACUCUGCAUGCCAAAGUCUUUCCUUGUUAUUAUAAAUAUCACCUAGGUUAUCUCUUGAAUUUGUGAGGCCCUGGAGGUACUUCAUUUUGCAAUUAAAAAGCAAUGUGACUCUUAAAAAAUUGGGUUGAAGGAACUACGUUGACUGGGGGGUAAUGUAGCCUGUGCUAAAUAUUUUGUUAAAAACAGUUUUUUAGAAACAAAAUCUUACUAUUUUAAUUUUUAGGAAUACAUAGGGAAUUUGAUUUUUAGUGAUUAUCUUUUGAUAUUUUUCUACACAAAUAAGCUUCAAUUUAGGUGGAAGUUGUUUCCCAAUCACCACAAUUAUCAUUCGUAUUUUAAAUCACUUAUGAAAGUAAUAGUAGGUUUUCUUCUCCUCAGUUUGACCUGUACUCUUGGAUUAUUUUAUUUUGGAGAACUCAUAAAUUUUUCAUUGUGUUAUUAACUAGAAUUUGUGAUUGUAUAUCUAUCUCUAUGUCAUAUCCUGUUCCUAAAAGUUGAAACAUUGGCUUCAGAAUCAUACCAGGUGGUCAGAAAGACCUAAUGCCUAAAAGGGUCACUCGGCAAACAAACAUAGAUACUGUUACUGAAAUAUGAAUAGUAUUGCUCUAAAAGGAAGAAGGCUAGUAAUAAGUGAAGCACUUUACAGUAAUAAUAUUUCACACUUUAGAUGGGUGUAAUUUUUCAAGGUAUUUUUGCAUUUGCAGCCAGCUGACUCUCUGAAGUGAAGCAAUCAGGUGACAGAUAAUUUAAAAGUAAGAAAAGAAGUGACUUGCCCAAGGUCAUGCAGCUGGGUAGUGUUAAGACAGUCAGGUUUCACUCAUAGGCCUGUGUGUUUACAGAGCUCUACACUGUAAAUGUGAGCUGUAGGUGUCAUUUUCAUGCAUUCCCUGCAUCUCUUUUUGCCCCUGAUUUUCAUACAGAUGAACAUCCGAUAAUACUAUUAACAUAUCCAUCUGUGAUACUGUGAUAUCCAGAAUAAUAUGACUGUCAAGAGUUGGUGGAAAUUGAUAAAUAAAAUAAUUAUUAAGCCUG